ACGGGCUGGUAGGGCCGCAUGUUCGCGGUUCUUGAGGGUGCGGCCAGGGUCCCCCCGUCCGGGUGGGGUGCAGCGGGCCGCACUGGCGGUCUGCUGGGUGAGGAACCGAUGUGACGGCCCCGCGGCCUGGCGAGAGCAACGAUUCUGGUCGGCGAGGACCGGCCUCGGAGCUUCCUUGGAGGUGCCUUACGGAGAGUUUAUCAACAAUGACCCACAGCAGUUAACACUUAAUGAUGAGUAACAGUCAAGUUUGUGAAUCCGAGUUACUUGGACUAGUGAGAGAGUAUUUGGAUUUUGCUGAAUUUGAAGAAACGGUGAAAGUAUUUACAAAUGAAUGUCAAAUAAAAGGGAAGACACUACCUAAACCAGCAGGUGUUUCCUCAAGAGAUUCAAAAGCUUUGGCUGUUCAGAAAGAUCUGCUUACAGCAUUUGAAAAUGGUGAACAGAAAGUUUUCUUCCAGCUCUGGGAGGAACAUAUUUCAUCUUCAGUCCUGGACGAUGAACCGGCUGCUCAGAAGCUGGAGUUUUAUCUUCACAUACACUUUGCCACCUACCUCUUGAAACACAAUAUUGGAAAGCCUGACAAAGCUGAACUUGAGGAAAGGAUUUCUCAUUUUAAGGGAUACCUGGAAACAAAAGGAGCUGCACUGAGUCAGACUCCAGAGUUUCUUCCCUUCUAUGCUUUGCCUUUUGUUCCAAACCCCAUGGUACAUCCUUCAUUUAAAGAACUUUUCCAGGAUUCUUGGACAUCGGAUUUAAGGAUGAGACUGGAAAAGUUCCUGUCUCUGACCCUCAAAGACACUCCUCGGCUACUCACUUUAUUUAAGGAGAAUGAACAGUGCAGCAAAGAAAGGUUGCAACAUCUUCAACAACAGUUAGUGGAAUCUGAGGGCAGAGCCAUGACCUACCUGAAACGAUUUAACAAAAUGCAGGUGGACUACCGUAACCUCAUUGGAGUCACUGCAGAGCUGGUGGAUUCCUUAGAGGCCACAGUAAAUGGCAAGAUGAUCACACCAGGGUAUCUUCAAAGUGUUUGUGUUCGCUUGUGUAACAAUCAGAUGGGACAAAAUGUAGCACAUAGUAUUGACUUCACAAGGCCUGGAACUGGAUAUUACUCUAUGAGCCCUUGUGAUGACGGAUAUGCUUCCACUAUGUUAAGAGCAUCUAUAGCCCCUAUGAAGAUGCAGGAUGUGCCUUUGUUGCCCUCUUUGGAUUAUGAGAAGGUGAAGAAAGAUUUGAUUACAGGGAAUGAUCGUCUCAAGGCCUUCUUACUGCAGGCUCUGCGCUGGCGCUUGACAAAAUCAUAUCCUGGAGAACAGAGGGACACUGUCUUGCAAGCCUACAUCAGUAACGACCUCCUAGAUUGCCACAGCAAUUGUCAGGGAAGUGUCCUCAAAUUAUUACAUUCUGCAAGUGUGGUAGUCAGGCAGUACAUGGCAAGGCUCAUCAAUGCUUUUGCUUCGCUGUCAGAAGGUCGUGUCUAUCUUUCUCAGAACCCAACGUUGCUGCAAAUGCUGGAGGAGAGACUGAAAGCUGAAGACAAGGACUCCCUUACACGGGAGAAUGUUCUUGGGGCUCUGCAGAAAUUCAGCCUCAGGCGUGCACUGCAGUCAGCAAUGAUCAAAGAUGGGCUCAUUUUCUGGCUGGUUGAUGUUCUCACGGAUACAGAUUGCCUGUCUGAUUACACCCUGGCGUAUUCUGUUGCCUUGCUCAUGAAUCUUUGUCUGCGGAGUGCAGGAAAGAACAUGUGUGCAGAGAUUGCAAAUCAUGUGCUCAGAGUUCUCGCUGAUCUUCUUGGCCACGAGAAUUAUGAGAUACAACCAUAUGUGAAUGGAGCACUCUAUAGCAUUCUUGCCAUCCCUUCUGUCCGAGAAGAAGCCAGAGCAAUGGGAAUGGAAGAAAUUCUGCGCUGCUUUGUCAAGGAAGGAAAUGCAGAGAUGAUCCGACAGACUGAAUUUAUAAUCAGGCAGCUCAAUUCAGAAGAGCCAUUAAAUGAUGGUAUUGUGUCUGAUGAUGAAGAGGAAGAGAACAAUAAGGAACAGGAGGACCAUGACAUCAUGGAGGCUGAUCUGGACAAAGAUGAGGUUUUGCAGCCUCAACUGGGAGAGCUUACAGGAGAGAAGCUGCUAACAACUGAGUACUUGGGAAUAAUGACUCAUACUCCAAAAACCAAGAAGAAGCUGUUUCCUGGUGUCCAUCAAAGUAUAGAUGAACCUCUCCAGAGACCUGUGACGCCUGGUUAUCAUAGAACUGUGUACUCACUGCCAGAAAAUUAUACCAGUUCUUAUCAUGAUAGGGAUGAGAAGCUUCAAUCCCUGCCAAGUGAUCAUUCUUCCACUUGUGGGAGCACCUCCAGCAUUUCUGACCUCUGCGUUUCCCCUUCAUUUGAAGAAAUUAAGUCAUCUAGAGAAUUCUCUUCAGGCCAUAGACUGGACCGAAGCAUCUCAGCUAGUGACAAUAUCUUGUCUUCUGGAUCUACUGACUUCACCCAGGAUGAAGUAAACGGGCAGUCACAUAGUGAGUUUCCCUCAGCCUACACCAGCAAACCUAAGAUCCCUCGCAGUCCCGAAGUGCAGAGUGCCAGCCCUAGAAAGGGAAAGGUGCCAGCUAUUGCUCCCCAGUUCUCUCAGUCUGGACCUCAACACACAAGCCGUCCCAGCUCCUCAGGAUCAUCCACAAAGAGCAGACAGAGCAGCCAGUCCUACAGGAAGUGAGAACAGUUCCUUUCCUCAAGAAUCACCUGUCACAUUGUUGAAGGACAGAGCCAGCUUCCUGUAAUGAGCUUUACUGGAGACCUACUGAGAAGAGGGUGAGGUUAUUGACAUUGCAUGGCGUAUGCCUUGCACAGUGAUUCAGGGAUUAUCUGAUGGGAUGCAUCUGUUGUCAUCUCUAAACCUGGCUAAGACACAGGCCUUGUUAUUACAGUUCAAGGUCUUGGCAGCAGCCUAGGAUUGAUGCGGAAGAUGCAUAUAGUCCCGAUAUCUCCGAUAGUUUACUCUAAACUGACAUUGCCACCUUGAGAAGAAACUCUUGCUCUCUGCCUACUGUGUCAGAGUAAAUGGCCUUUGGAGACAGGAUGUAAUGCUCAGCAGAGGAGACUGACCAAGCAACUGUCUUUCUUUAUAUACUGCUCACUGAAUUUAUUAUGCCUUUGUGAAUUAGUUGGGAGAUACCUGUGUUCAAAGGAUCUGAACUAGGAGAGAAAAUGUACGUCAUGUGUGCAGAGCCUCACUGCCUGGAGCUGUCUUGUGUGGAGCGAGUUCUGUGUUUGGCUACCAGAGACUGGAGAGAAAGUAUUUCAUCAACUUCUGAUUGACCUGUGGCAGUUGAAAAAACCUGUGCCAGUGCCCAAGGCCGCAUCCGUGCGCAUCACCACGAUCAGCAGCUUUAUCUGCAGCAAUCACUCCUUCUAUUUCUUCCGGUUUUUUUCUUAAUUCUACUGUUAAACUUUUGUGGAAUGAAUAAUCCUUUUUUUUUUUUUUUCCCCACUGGAAUGAAGAACUUUGUUUCUUCAUUCAAAGAAACCAUGAGAAUGUGAACACAUCAGAAGUAACUUUCUCUUUACACAUGGCUAUGGACAAUCUUCUUUGGUCUCUGUUGCCUUUUUUAUGUUCUUCACUUCUGAGUGAUAACUGGUUAUGACUUCAUGGAAUUUGUGCUAGUCUUCAGUGAAUACGAAGUGCUGGACAGGCAAGAAAGAACAGAAAUUCCUCCACUAAAUAAUAAUAAAUAAAAAAAAAAGAGCAGUUAGUUCCACCAGUGAAUGACAAAGCUAGUGCUGUUUGUUAUUCUUUCUCUCAAAAGUAACAGUGACCAGGAAACACUAAAUUCUUCACUGGGGGUUGGCUUUUCAGUAACAUCCCCUCAUGUGACACAGCUGUUAGGACAACAGCAACAACUUUCCAGAACUGUGGUUUGCCUUGGAACAUGGCUGCUGCUGAGGCAGACAUGCACCUAACGCAGGCAGUGUAUUUGCCGUUGGCAGACUUCAAAAGCAAAUGCUUUAACACGUACAAAAAGGGAGAAGGUAAGGCUUUUGUUUUGGAGUUUCACCUUGAGAAACAAACAAGUGGACGCAGCCUAAAAGGUGUAGCAACUCUGGUAGUGGUGCUACCUUCCCCUAGGGUAAAGAUAUGUAAAACCACCAACCAUUUCCAUAGCACCAGAAGAAAGCUUUAUGCUUCUGAUGAGACCUUGCAUUGUGCCUCUUGGUGUGUGGUGGCAACUGAAGAGCCAAGGCCAUUUCCUUGUGUGAUGUGGUUGCCAUGAGACCCACCAAGGUCACUGACGCUGUGUCAGGUGUUUGCAGAAAGGGCUUCCAUGUGCAAGUUCAGGUAACCCCUAUGGAUAAUAGACUUGAAACUGAAAUCAGGGUAUUCUCUAGAAGUCACCUCCCAGUUUAAAAUCUAGUCUUAUUCAUGUGGUGGGGCCAAUUUACUGCUCAGUCACUUUAGGGUCCUAAAACAAAGCAGGCAAUGCUGCUUUAACCCCUGAACUACAAAGUGAUUAUAGACACUUGAUAGCCCCCACUGCAUGGAUCUCCAUGCAGGACAAAGAAAUCACAGAAAAUCUCUGACCUGUGCUUCAAUUCAUCCACUUCCUCUCAGAGUUGAUAAACACAAUAAUGGAAAAAGGGUUCACAAAAGGGCAGUAAUGGAAAGCAGCCAUUAAAACUCACCUGGUAGUUUUCCAGUGUAGGCAGCUUUUCUCUUUCCUUUGAAAUGCUGUCUUUUUUCUAACACUGUAAUAGCAGUGGUCAGGUUGUUAACACUGAUGUGCUAAGCACAUUCAUUUGCGUGCGCAGAUAAACACACAAUGCUCCAGUAGUUGAGUUUUAUUUAUUUUAGAGCAAUGCUGAAUUUCAUGUUGGAGCAAAUGUGAUUCUCUGAGAUGCAGAGCAGCAGCUCUUGAAAAGUGUUGAUUACAGACUAAUUUUCUUUAUUUGGAAGGACACAACACCAAACCUCACUGGCUUUACCAUUAGUUGACAUCUAAAUCACAUCAUUCCUUCUGAGUCAGCUGAAGGUGGUUGGUCGGUAUGGCUACAACUGUUCCAGCAGAUACAGGUUCAUGAAAAAUAAAAUGCAUCUUGUAGAACUGGACUGAAAAGAGCAAGCUGAAGUUUAUGUAUUUGUGUGUUUGUUUCUUACUCAGACCUGUUGCAACGCAGAACUUUAUAUAUACAUUUUUCCAUAUUCUAAUCCUAGAUGUUUAGGAGUGUGAGUAUAGGGUUUGAAACAGUAAUGCUUGAGAAACUUCGUUUUCCAAAUACAGAGAAGAACUAUGGAUAUGCUUAGAAAUAAAUUCUCAGCUGAGCAGUAAUUUGAGAGGCCAGCAAAGUAAUGUGUCCUCCUUUUCUCUGUCUUGUUCACAAAAAGCCCCUGUGAUGCCAGCUGGAAGGUUUUGAAGCUAAUGAAAAAUGUUGAUUCUGCCUUUGCUAGUAGGACUCCAGUAUUCGGGGUUGAAAGGUCCUGGGAUGGAGGUCAGUAACACAUACAUAGCAAAUUCUGCACCUAACUCCUAGAAGGUGUUAGGGUUUUUUUUGUAUAUGCCAUGUAGAGGCUGCUGCUAGAUGUACCACCGCCAUAGUAAAUUCAUAAUGGGAGCAGUGGAAAUUGCCUGCCCGAAUGAGAGGGGAAUGAUUGUGCUUAGAGUGGCUGUGAUUUUGUUUACAAUGAGCAAAUACAGUUAUUGCAUACGACACAGAUCAGCCAGGGAAGUUUUUCUGAGACCAAAGUGCUGUGUGGUGCAUAUAACUUCUCUGUGUUCAGUGUAAUUUUGUUUAUACAGUGUUGUAUGAGAUACAAAAUGCAUAAAUUGAUUUCAUUUUGCAUGGAGGGCUCAUUCUGUACAAGUGUUUUAAAAUUGUCUGGCAAUGACUUAGUGAAAAUGCCACUAAAGGGAUUUUCUUUUUCCUCUUUUUGCUAGGUUAGUUUGGGGUUUCCUGAACUUUUAGGGUGUGCAUUUGUUUACAUUUUGCUCUGAUUUAUUGUAAGGAAAUUCUGUCCCCAACAGUUUUGUCUCCACCUGAGUUGAAAACACAGCUCCUUUCUGUUCAGCCUAGCCUGUCUCUACAGAGGUAGCAUGUUUACUCAGUGUUGCAAAGCAAGCAUGAACCACUCAUUGUUUGUGAUCUCUCACAAGGAGAGCCCGGGCAAGUGAGAUGCCACCAGUGACACUGAUUUGGUGUCAGAAGUAUGUGUUGGAGGAUUUAAGUGUCUAGGGAAGACAAGCAAUGAAAUGCUCUGGAGGAAAAACAUUUCUGUGAUGUGGAGGGACAGUGGUUCCUUGGUUUGGCUUUGAGUUGUUUCCUUUAAACAAAGUUCCAGUAGUCUUUAUAAAUCAUGGUGGAGGUUGCAGUGUAGAGACAAAAAGUGAUGCACUACAUUCAUGUACAUCUUUGAGUAUUGGUAGCAGAAAAGCAAACAGGCUACCUUCAUCCCAGGUAAUACCUACAUCCAGACUUACCUUUUAGCUUUGGGCUUGAAUUAAUCUUUGAGCCACAGCUUCCUGGCAGUUUGGACCACCUCAGACUUGCUGGCAGUCAGUCUCAGUAAUGGAACAAGCCCUUUCCCAAGAGAGGAAAUGUUGGAAAGCUGGGAGCUGCAUCUUGCUCAGUAAGUGUAAUCUAACCGAGGAGCAGGUGAGUCCUGUGGGACCACAGAGCACAAGUAGGUGCAUGGGCAUGGCUGCCAUAGAGGAUGUAGAGGCAGCCUUACAAAGCUCCACUGGGGCAACUAAGUAUCAAAAUACCUCUGUGACUAAGCCAUGUGGGCUUCUCCAGGCUAUGCUGCACUUCCUAACCUCUGCUAUUGAUAUGAACUAUAAAAGAAGUGGGACUUUGGAUAAUUUAUUGCUGGGUAAGAAACAGCAAGAUGUUUCAAGUCAAACAAAACAGUCUUAAGACCAGACUGUUCUGGCCAAGCUGCAUGGGAAUCUGCUGCUAAUAGAUUUUAAAAAGAAGCCAGCUUCUGGGUGCAGAACAUAGAACAUUGUCCUCCUACGUUAUCAAACCAGUAAUUAUUCUAGCCUGGCACCUUGUUAGUGAUUGGGAUCUGAUGUUUCAAAGCAAGUUUCUACCCAACUCCAAGCUGCUUUAUACGCUGCAGUGGGAGGGCAUUGUAUUCGGUUACAGGACCAUGAUCCAAAUUUCCACUCCCUAAGGAUCUGGUGCUCUCCACACAACAGGCUGAAUGGCACACCCUAUGGCAUCUAACAGCUUUCUAGAGCAUGGCCUUUUAUUUCAAGUUCUUUCUGCAGUGCUUGGCAUGUGGUCUGUUUCCAAGAAACUAAGGUAGUAAUUUAUUGCAGUGAAAGUGAAAACACUUCACACGAACAGUAGGAAACGCAGGUGACAGCUUUAAGUUUGUUUUGUGCUUAUAUUCUUCAAAUAUGGGAAAUGCUGCUCUGAUAUGGUUUGAAGUCCAUGGAUUUUGGGCGCGUCAGUUAUUCUGUUCACUCUGAAUGUGAGUAACCGAGCACUGCAUUUAAUUUAAGGAACGGUUUCCAGUAUG